AGCUGCUCGCAGGAGCUGGAAGCAUGGGCUCCCCAGGGGCCUUGGCAGGCUGGGGGCUUCUGGAUUACAAAACGGAGAAGUAUGUGAUAACCAGGAAUUGGCGGGUGGGCGCCCUGCAGAGGCUGCUGCAGCUUGGGGUUAUGGCUUACGUGGCAGGGUGGGCUCUCCUCGCCAAAAAAGGAUACCAGGAGCGAGAUCCGGACCCCCAGAUUUCCGUCAUCACCAAACUCAAAGGGGUUUCGGUGACCCAGAUCAAGGAGUUGGGUAACCAGCUGUGGGACGUGGCGGACUUUGUGAAGCCACCACAGGGAGAGAAUGUGUUCUUCUUGGUGACCAAUUUUCUCGUGACGCCAGAACAAGUUCAGGACAGAUGCCCAGAGCACCCCUCCAUCCCGCUGGCUAAUUGCUGGGCCGAUGAGGACUGUCCCGAAGGGGAGACAGGGACGCACAGCCACGGCAUAAAAACGGGCCAAUGUGUGGAAUUCAAUGGGACCCACAGGACCUGUGAGAUCCAGGGCUGGUGCCCUGUGGAGAGCAGCACCGUGCCCGUGAAGCCCCUACUGGUCCAGGCAGAGAACUUCACCCUGUUCAUCAAAAACACUGUCACCUUCAGCAAGUUCAACUUCUCCAAGUCCAAUGCCUUGGACACCUGGGACGCCACUUACUUCAAGCGCUGCCGCUAUGACUCACGCUACAGCCCCUUCUGCCCUGUGUUCCGCAUUGGGGACCUCGUGGCUGCGGCUGGAGGGGUCUUUGAGGACCUGGCAUUGCUGGGAGGUGCCGUGGGCAUCCGAGUCCACUGGGAUUGUGACCUGGAUGCUGGGGCUUCCGACUGCCGGCCCCACUACUCCUUCCAGCUUCAGGAGAGGAGCUACAACUUCAGGACAGCCACUCACUGGUGGAAGGCCUCAGGUGUGGAGGCCCGGAGUCUGCUCAAGCUCUAUGGGAUCCGCUUCGACAUCCUCGUCACUGGGCAGGCAGGGAAGUUCGGGCUCAUCCCCACGAUCAUCACUCUGGGCACUGGAGCAGCUUGGCUGGGUGUGAUCACCUUCUUCUGUGACCUGCUACUGUUGUACGUGGAUGAAGAAGCCCAUUUCUACUGGAGUACCAAGUAUGAGGAGGCAAAGGCCCCGAAGGUGACCACCAACCCUGAGCAGACAGAGCCAGCUUCUACACCCCCGCACGUGGCUGCCCAGGUGUCUUAG